CAAUACCUGCCACCGUUAUUUUUUAAACCUGGUAGGUUGGUUUCAAUAACGCUAAUAAAUAACAAGUAGCGAAGCAGGAACCAACAGCAAUACACUACCUAUCUAGUAAUCAGACUUAACGGCGUUAUAGAAGGAAAUUGCAACCAAAAUUAUUGACCUAGAAUCGGAAAGAAAGAGACGAGAGCCCUCAUUGAGAACCCGGACGGCAAUCGGUGCUCGGCUUCAGGCUCCGCAUUUGGUCUUCCGGGGCGCCAAUUAGGCACCGACUUCCUCCAAUUUGUUCGCUCAUGCUGUGAUCCGUCGCACCUCCGCUGUGAACCAACAUAUAAGAAAGGCCCAUCUUGGAAUUGACCGUAUCUCCAAUUUAGAACUCCUCUGGAAAAGCACCCCCUGAAAAUCAUUUACAGUUAAUAGCAUCCCGGUUUUUUUGUUUUUUUUUCAGGGCCCGCUCGCAUAAUGCUGUCAGCCAGGGGAUCAAGUUGGGCGAAGAUGCGCUACGCUCAUGGGUAUCUGAACACCUAUCACCCCACAAGAAACCCAAAUGGGAUCGUGAGUUUCUCGAAUGCGGAGAAUUGGCUAGGACAAGAAGACCUAACCAACUUCAUCAACGAGCACAGCCAGUUUGACAAGAGCCUGUGUGCGUAUGGGGAAGGUUACACGGGUACAGUGCGUCUGCGGACCGCAAUGGCGAAGCACGUAAACACGCAUUUCAAGCCGGUGAAGGAGAUCGGUCCCGAGGAGAUCACAUUCGCCGCCGGCGUAACUGAACUAAACGAAGUCUGCGCCAUGAUCACAUGUAAUCCCGGCCACAGCGAAUCUAUUUUGCUCGGAAAACCUAUAUACGGGGCUUUCUCGAGGGACCUCACGAUCAGAACAAGCGUGACGCCCGAGUACGUAGAAGUUGGCGAUACGGACCAGUUCUCGCCAGACUGCGUCGCCCUUUACGAGGCUGGGUAUAAUGCCGCGGAAGCCCGAGGCGUCAAAAUCACAGCAUUGAUAAUAUGUAACCCUCACAAUCCUCUAGGACAAUGCUAUCCCCGCGAAACUCUGGUUGGGCUCAUGCGUCUGUGUGCGUCUAAGGGGAUCCAUCUUAUCAGCGAUGAGAUAUAUGCCCUCUCAGUAUACAAUCGGGAUGACCGUCCUUCAGAGGAGUUUACUUCGGUGCGGGCUAUCGACUACACUGGCAUCAUUGAUCCUAAUCUAGUUCACGUGCUUUAUGGGAUGUCGAAAGAUUUCGGAUCGGGCGGAAUGCGUCUGGGCUGCGUUAUAUCUCAGAAUGACGAAUUCACCAAAGCGACCCGUGCCUUAUGCCGAUUCUCCUCUCCUUCCCAGUACUCCAUGGAUCUAGCAACCAAGAUCCUCGAAGAUCAAGAAUAUGUUGCGAAGUUUCUUGAAAAAUCGAAGCUCUCAUUGACCCGGGCUCGUUUGGUAACUGAAGACCUCCUAAAUAAGGCAGGCAUAGGAUUCCAUCAAAAGGGGAAUGCCGGGUUCUUUAUAUGGCUCGAUCUAACCCCCUUUCUACCAACUGGCGAGACUAGUGGGGAUGGGUGGGCUGCUGAGAGGCUUUUAUCCCAACGUUUCACCGGAGCAGGAGUUAUCAUGGCAACAGGAGAGGCAUACCAUGCCCCAAGUCCUGGCAGGUUCCGACUCGUAUUCUGUCUCGAAGAGGACUCUGUUAGGGAGGGUAUCAGAAGAAUAUCACGCGUUUUAGACCAAUAAUCAUGAUAUAUCUUUACGUAU